GUGAAAGGGAUCCAUAACCUGCAGUACCACCACGCAGUGUUCAAUACAUUCCUGUUCAACAAGGACCUGUUAGACGCGCUGGAGGAUAUCAUGGAAACCAGCGACAUCAUCCUGCAUCACACCAAGGCCCACUUGAAACCUCCCGAGAAGGGCGCCGCGUAUCCUAUGCAUCAGGACUAUCACUACUUCCCAUACAAGCACGACUCCAUGGUAGCUGCCUUCCUGCACCUAGACGCCGCGGGGCCCGACAACGGGGGCCUGUUCGUGUACCCGGGCUCGCACAGACUAGGCCCCCAGGAAGACGUCGGCGCCAGCAAGUCAAACUUCCAUUACGUUGAUCAAACAAAGUUCCCGUUUGAAGGAGCGACGCCGGUGGUGUGCGAGCGUGGUGACGUGGUGGUGUUCUCGUACCUGCUGGUGCACGGCAGCCCGAGCAACACGAGCCCGCGGCCGCGCCGCAUGCUGCUGCUGCAGGCGGCCGCCGCGUGGGACGAGCCGCUCGGCCAACAGCCCGCGCGCCCCGGCCAGGGCUGGCUGCUCCGAGGAACCAACCUCAACAGAGACGCCAGCAUAUCUAACAGAUUUGAAAAUAACUAAAGAGAUGACAAUUUUGUUUGUAAAUAUUUCGUCACUUUACCUCAAUAUCACCAACGGGUCAUAAUUAUUAGAAUCUAAAACAGCUAAUGGUAUGCAGGCAGUUACGUAAGUCAGAGACACCACACAACUUAUCAACUCGGAAAAACUACUCGUAUACUUACGACGUUACUCAAUGCACUGGCGCUGGCGCUGAGCGACUGGACCACCAGUGACAGGAGGCGAGCGGUACAACCAGAAUCUGUUAGUUACGUAUGUGGGGCGGCGAGGCGCGGCCGACGUGACUGCUGCGCGUCGUAACUAUUUUCACACAAAAACGUACGGGAAAGUACUGUCCGCAAUCAGUAUUCUAUAAACGAAGGUGAGGCUGCCUACUUGUUGUUUUUGUUCAUUUUGGCUAAUGAGCAUUAUAAACGUGAUGAAACGAACACAUCCAUCAUUUGCACACUGAACAAGGGCCGCGAUGACAUGGAGCUGAGGUGUGGGCGACGCAUCUUGCCCGCAAGUGAAAUACGGUGAUUUCCCUCAAUAAUGGUAUUCUCUGAACUAUAGUUAAGGUUAAUGAACUUUAUUGACACUUGUCAGGUCGGGUGUCCAGACAAAAUCGACUAAUGUUCAACUGGCUUUUUUUUUUU